AUGUCGAAUGUCGAGCCAAAACAGUACAUCCAUUUCCCCACGUUGUGGAAUGUGAAGUGGUCGACAGACGGGAUCACAGAUUUGGAGAAAGCCAAAAUCAUCCUUUAUGAUUUCAUCAGCAAGGAUGAUUACGAUGACGAUGGAAAGGCGACCCUCUGGGAUAUUCUUCAGGCUUCUGAGGAGGGGGGACACUUCGAAACUGUGUCGUCGCUCGCUACCGCUGUUCAGCAGCAAGUAUUUCGGAACCAGCAUUCAUCUUUUGAUACCAACUCGCUAUUGCAGAGAAUGCGAUUCAUAUGGAUCAAGUGUCAGCCUAAUAUGCCAAAAUUAGCCGUCACCGAUAGUUUGCGCAACUUCUUCUUCGAUGUCUCAUUAACUCAUGGUCUGACCACCGACUCCACGAAGCCAUCAGACGACAUAACUGUUCUGGAAUCUCCCAGAAGCGCACUUAAGGUCGUGAUCAUUGGGGGCGGGCCUACGGGCCUCCUGGCUGCAAUCACUCUUGCCGAACAAGUCAGAUGCCGAGAACUUGUCCAGAUACACGUUUACGACAAACGUUGGACCAAUGAAAAGUUCGGCGAGUUUCGUUUCACGGUUUAUCCUGAAGACCAGCGCCGUCGUGAUCAGGUUAUCACGCUCCAAGACCACGUCACGAGACUCUUGUCAGACGAAACAAACGAUUCAAUAAAAUAUGGCUUGGGCAAACUCGGAGCCGAGCGGGUAUGGCCUGAGUCACGUAACCUGCAAAUUCGCAAAGUUGAAGAUGCUCUGCUCAAACGUGCUCAAGACUCUGCUUUCGAUGGAAUGAUACAUUUGCAUGGUGCUGAUAUCAUCGACGAAGCCACGCUGAUUCAGAAGGCCGGAGAAGACUUUCACUUGCUUCUUGGCACGGAUGGUGCCAACUCGUGGGUACGGAGGCAUUACUUUAAAGAAGACGAAGAGUCCUGCGGCAGCAGCCUCGCUCUCGGCGUCGCCCUCGAUCGUGGCCAGUCGCGAUUGCCACGUUCACAAGCUCUUAACAUCUUUCUUACUCUUUGUCAGACUAGGUAUUUGCUCAAUGCAAGUCACCGUGACGGCACAGGCUACUUGAAUAUGCUCCUCACGGAGAAAGAAUACAAUGAGUGCGUUUCGCUCGACGGCACUCCCUGCGACUUUCGAUCACCAGCAUACAUUCGUAUAAAUGGUGCGGAACCUCCUGGAAUCUCACAAGACCAGAUAUUUGCGCCUUACGAUGCAAAAUCUAGCUUAUGGGAAUCUAUAUCGGAUGGGCUCCAACUCUUUGGAUUUGAUGAAGUGGACGUCAAGAGUAUCGUACGAAUUCCCAUCAAUCUCGUUGGCGUCAAGAUUGCAACCAAAUCAAUUGCUCUUGAAUCGGAGACAAGACUUCUUCCUCACUUUCUUGUGUCACUGGCAGGGGAUUCUGCUUUAACUCAUCACUUCUGGCCAGGAAGAGGCAUGAACAGUGGGAUCAAGGCCGCAAUAGCUUGGGCUCAUCGGAUCUCGGACCUCGUCUUGGAACGAGGCGGGGGUUUCGCCGGUCUUGACCCAGUCGCAUUGAGCCCUUUUCAGGAGUUCAUGCAGCAGCUCAGGCAACGAGAGCACAACCAGCGAAGUUUUGUCAUACAAGCUACGUCCGGCGCACCGGAAAGGAUGGAGGCGAAGCUGAGGCAAGCGAGUGAGCAACGCGCGCCUGAUUGGAAAACAGUUCCAGUCCUGUGUGACAGAGUCCUCAGGUUCGCGAAGCGUUUUGAGGGGCGCGAUAGAGGUCGGUUUGACGGGGUGAUGAACGGACUGGAUGGAAAAAUUAAGAGAAUCCUGAGUCACCUCAGGACACGGACUAAAGCCGAGAUGUAUCAUUCUGGCCCUUGGCCUACCGAGGAAAUGGGGGCGCCUGAAGUCCAUCCCCCAAAGUCGCGAUUCUCAGACAAACCUCGCUCAGGGGCCAGUGUUGAUACCUGCAUAACACAGAGUGAGCCCACCCAUUCGACUGAUCUCAAGAGGCCGAGCACAAAGCGGGCCCCGUCUGCCGGAAUUACUCCGAGUCAAGCGACAGCGGUUGAUGAAAACUCAGCCUGGGACAUGGUACUUUUGAUAUUCCGUAUCUUGCUCGGCUGUUACGUUGCUGCGCGUUAUUUGUUAUGA